UCGACAAAAAAAUAAAAAAAGUUCCCUAUAAAUUAGCUGUACGUAAGCCUAGGGUUUCAUUUCCUAGGGUUUUCGCACAGCUUGUGGCCGGUUUCAAUCGCUCGCGAAAAUGCCGUCACACAAGACCUUCAUGAUCAAGAAGAAAUUGGCGAAGAAGAUGAGGCAGAACAGACCCAUCCCUUAUUGGAUCCGUAUGAGGACUGACAACACCAUAAGGUACAAUGCGAAGCGCAGGCACUGGCGUCGCACGAAGCUCGGAUUCUGAGAUGGUAGUGGAAUCCUCUUUUUACUUACGCUUGCUUUGAUCGAACUUAGAGAUUUAGUUGUCGUUAAGACAGUGAUAAGAGCUCAAUGCUCUAUGUUUUGUUGAACUCAUUUGUAAGGAACUCAUAGUAGUCCUUCAUUCAGACCUUUAUUUAUUGUUCAUUUUGACUAAUUUUGGAAGAUGGGUUAAUCAUUUCCUUUGUUUUGGUGAUGGUUGUUUUUAAAGCUUUUAUACAAAAUGUGGAGACAUGGGUUGUGUUUUGUU